GAAGCACCGGGACAGAGAGCGAUGAGGUGGACUCGGUAGACUUCUACACGGCUACCUUGGAAAGAAACCUGCUCAUUUAUGCCAGGCGGUUAAACUGGACUCGGCUUUACACGAUAUUCCCGGACUAUUUUGCUGUAAGCGAGCACACGCUGUGCCGAGUUUAAAGAGACUGUGGACACUUAGGGAAAGUUUAAAUCCCUGCGCUGCUCGGGGAAAGGUGAGGCGCGUGCGACUUUAACUUUUGGAGUUUCUCCGUUUGUUAACGGAACAGCAGUCCUGUUAAAUUAUACUUUAUACAUUUAGUCUCAGCCUGGGUAGAUUUGAGUUCUCUGUCCCGCACUGAACUGUAUUUAGCAGGAUGUCUGUCAAGUGUCGUGCUGCGUAACCAGUUCGUCCAGCUCAGCGGGGAGUUUCGCUGCUUCAUUGACUUUCAGGUAAACCGCCAAACAAGGUUUACCCCACUUCUGAAGCACCCCGUUUUGAAGUCUGUUACUAAUAAUGGCUGGUUUGAGUAAUGUCCACAUGAAGACCUUGGAGGACCUGACGCUGGACUCUGGUUACGGCGCAGGGGACUCUUGCAAAUCCCUCAGCUUGUCCUCCUCCAAGUCCAACUCCCAGGCCUUCAUGACGGCCCCUCACCGGGGUAACUGGUGGUACUACUCCGGCUCCAUGAACAGCAGGAACAACAGCUGGGACACAGUAAACACCGUCCUCCCUGAGGACCCCGAGGACAUCUUCUCCAAGUGCCCUCGUCUACCUGAGCUUGAAGAGUUUCCCUGGACCGAAGAGGAGGUGGCCAAGAUACUGCGGAAAGUGGCCGAGAGUGGGAGUAUGAAAGGGGGGCUCCCUCCUGUGUUCUCCCCGGAGGCCGUGAGGCGGCUGACCGCUCUCCUCCGCAGGGCUUUGAUCCGCAUCUCCAGAGAGGCUCAGCGGCUGAGCGUCAUGCACUGUCGCUGCACGCGCUUUGAGGUGCAGAGCGCCAUGAGGCUCGUGCUCAGCUGGGCUCUGGCCGAUCACUGCAUAUCUGCUACGGUCAAGGCGAUCUCUAUGUUCAGUAUGAGCGCUGGGGAGCUCCUGAGGAAAGGCAAGUCUGCACGCUGUGGCCUCUCCUUCUCCGUGGGACGCUUCUUCCGCUGGAUGGUGGAUACCCGCAUCUCCGUGCGCAUCCAUGAGUAUGCAGCGAUAUGCCUGACCGCGUGCAUGGAAGCUCUGGUGGAGGAGAUAGGAGCCCGGGUGCUGAUGGCAGAGAGGGGUCAUUCAGGGCCAGAUUCAGGGUCAACUUGCGCCCCAGUGAGUGCAGAGGCCCUGGAGGGGGUCGUGAACAAUGAUGCAGAACUGUGGGGUGUCCUGCAGCACUUUGAACACCUGAUCUGCGGAAAAAACGCCAAUGGUGUUUUGUCUCUGCCGGCCCAUUUCAGUCCAUACACGGAGAACCAGCAGACGUCUGUGGACAGCAGGGAGGAUGCCUAUGCCCAGCUGGAGCUGAGGACACUGGAACAGUCUCUGCUGGCUACCUGUGUGGGCAGCAUCUCUGAGCUCAGUGACUUGGUGUCCCGCGCCAUGCACCACAUGCAGCGCCUCAGCUCAGUGCGUCCAGGACUGAGCCCUGCCCGCCACGCCCGUCCCCAGCAGCCCGUGUCCUGGUCGCCGGACGCCCUCCACACCCUUUACUACUUCCUGCGCUGCCCACAAAUGGAGUCCAUGGAGAAUCCUAACUUGGAUCCCCCACGCAUGGCACUUUGCAAGGAGAGGCCGUUCCUUUUGCUGCCUCCUCUGAUGGAGUGGAUGCGAGUGGCCAUAGUUCACGCUGAGCAUCGCAGAAGUCUAUUGGUGGACAGUGAUGAUGUCAGACAGACCGCCAGGCUUCUCCUCUCGGGACUGGACUGUGAACCAAGACAACUAAAGCCUGAAUGUUGCUUUAGCUCCUUCAAGCGUCUGGACUCUAAAGCUGCCACAGACAAGUUCCACUUAGACUUGGGUUUCAGGAUGCUAAACUGUGGACGCACGGAUCUCAUUGGUCAAGCCAUCGAUCUGCUGGGGCCAGAUGGAGUCAACAGCAUGGACGAUCAGGGGAUGACUCCUCUGAUGUAUGCCUGUGCAGCUGGUGAUGAGGCCUUAGUCCAGAUGUUGAUCGAUGCCGGAGCUAACCUUGACGUAGCGGUUCCUCCAUGCUCUCCAAAACACCCCUCUGUAAAUCCUGACAGUCGGCACUGGGCUGCUCUCACCUUUGCUGUGCUGCAUGGACACAUCUCUGUAGUUCAGCUCCUGUUGGAUGCAGGGGCCAAUGUAGAAGGCGCUGCAGUCCGCAAUGGGCAGGAAAGCACAGCAGACACCCCGCUGCAGCUGGCUUCGGCAGCAGGAAACUAUGAGAUGGUGAGUUUGCUCCUGGCCCGAGGUGCAGACCCCUUAUCAAAGACCCAUGAUGGAAACGCCCUGACUUCAUCACUCUAUGAAGACAUGAACUGCUUCAGUCAUGCAGCUGCACAUGGACACAGGAACGUGCUGAGAAAGCUCCUGACUCAGCCCCAGCAAGUCAAAGAGGAUGUCCUGUCUCUGGAGGAGAUCUUAGCUGAGGGGGUUGAGGGUGAGGAGGCCGGGAUCUGCCCUUUCCUCCCUCUCUCUCCUCUCCCGACCCCUUCCUCCGGCCCUGGGGCUCAGCCUGAGGUUGGCAUAGCACGACUCUGCAAGGCCAGGAUGAAGGCUCUGCAAGAGGCCAGCUACUACAGCGCUGAGCAUGGCUACCUUGACGUCACCAUGGAGCUGAGAGCUCUGGGUGUCCCGUGGAAGCUACAUGUAUGGCUAGAGUCUCUGCGCUGUGCCCAGCUGCAGUCCAGGACAGGAGUCACCCUCUCACUCCUCAGAGAGUUCACCACCAUCAGAGAGGAGGACUACUGCGAGGAGCUGGUCACUGUAGGCCUGCCUCUGAUGUUCAACAUCUUACGCACCACAAAGAAUGAUGCCAUCAUUCAGCAGUUGGCGACUAUUUUUAGCCACUGUUUUGGCCCGGCACCUCUCCCAGCCGUCCCUGAUAAGAAGGCAACUCUUUCAGCACAGUUGGACCCUCACUUCUUGAAUAACCAGGACAUGUCAGAUGUGACAUUUGUAGUGGAGGGGAGACCGUUCUACGGCCACAGAGUCCUGUUGAUCACAGCAUCAGACAAAUUUAAGUCUCUGCUGACUUCUGGACCUGAUGGAAGCCCCAACAAGGAGAUUGAGAUCAGUGACAUCAAGUACAAUAUUUUCCAGAUAAUGAUGUCGUACCUGUACUGUGGAGGAACAGAGUCACUGAAAAUUAAUGUGCCUGACCUGCUGGAGUUGUUAUCAGCCGCCAGUCAGUUCCAGUUGGUAGUGCUGCAAAGACACUGUGAACUCUUGUGCUCCGUGCAAAUCAACCUGGACAAUGCAGUCAGCAUCUACAAGACUGCCAAGGUCCACGGUUCAGCCGAGCUGAGCUCAUUCUGUGAAGGUUACUUCUUGCAGCAGAUGCCUGCUCUUCUGGAGAGAGAGGCCUUCAAGAGUCUGCUGUUGGGACCCCCCGCUGCCCGACAAGGGAACAACUCCACCUCUACUCUGGUUCACAGCAGGGGAGACUCGCUUCUGGAGGAGCUGGAGGCCACCCUUGCGCAAAGACUACGCUCUCUCCACGUUACAUCGCGAGUCUGAGGACAGACACCAAUACAGAACAAGAAUGGCAGACCAUGCAGAGGUCUUGUUUCAUUACUGAUUAUACAUCUGUGUUAAUAGCCUGAGUUCAGAUGUUUUUCUACAUCUGCUGACCAGCUGCGUCCUCAAAACUUUGACACUGGGACACAGAUCAGUGAUGCUUUUCACUCUAUCUACUAUUCAGUGUUUCAUAUUUUGUGCCAAGUACUCCUUGCCAUUUUUUGCAGUGUACAGCAUGUUAUGGGCAACAAAACUGGACUAUCGAUGUUUUUCUCCAAGGCUCAGGAAGCUUAAGGAGAUGCAACAGUUGGCUGCAACAGGUGGGAGUUCUUAAUUAUGAAACACUGCUGCCCUCUAGUGGAAAAACCUAAUCGCUGUGGAGGACGGGGACCCUCCUGUUUCUGACUGAAGCUUUGUGAAGCCAAAACAGACUGAAGAAAAUAGAAAGGAUCCUGUGAGGGGCCAUGCUGGACUUUUGGCUUCAUCACUUUGAAACUAAUUAUGCAGAGUGGGAAGAAGGAGGGAAUCUCUGUGCCUCCUAUAUUGAUGUAAGCUUUGGAUUAACAAAUGUACUUUUUAUGUAACUGUAUGUUUUUAUUUUCUAUUUUUAAAAAGUCUGAGCGCAGAAACAAAACACUUAGAAGAGUGGGAUGGACAUUUUCUAUUUAAUGAGAAAAAAAAGAUGUGAGAGUAUUUAUCGGGAUGUUCCCUUUCUAUUUCGUUUUUUAAUCCAUGCAAAUUAUUAAUAUUAUUGUUAAAAUGCUUUUUUGUGUAGCUGUUGUUCUCCCAGGUACAUUAAGAGUUAAUGAAGCUUAUGUAUGCUGAGGUUUAAUGCUUCGACAGAGGUACAGCAGCUGAAUCCAACAUGGGAGUUGGAUGACAUAGUCUGCUUUAAUGCUGAAUAUUGUAAUAAACCUGGUAAACAAGCGGU